GGUCAAACAAACAACAGGCAGUUGAUCUAAAAGUUUGAAAGUCGACUCAAAAUGGAGCAUAAAGAUAAAAUUAAGCGUCUUCAGGCUAAAUAAGAUUUAGAUGACUGGUAGUCCUGUCAUUCAUGAUAGUCGCAUUAAUCAAAAUGGUAAGUUGUUUCAUUCUCUUCCCAACGCCAGAGCGGGCGUUUCAGAGGUUUUCUUGGUUGUCAUUUUCUACCGGUUGCUGCUUAGGGGUCCAAAGAUGUCAACACCUGCUCAAAGACGACUUCUUCGUGAUUUGAAACGCCUUCAAUCUGACCCACCUCCAGGCAUAUGUGGUUCCCCGGUUGAAGAUAACGUAAUGGUAUGGAAUGCUGUUAUAUUUGGACCUGAUGAUACGGCUUUUGAGGAUGGAACUUUCAAACUUCGGCUAGACUUCACGGAAGAUUAUCCAAACAAGCCCCCGCGUGUUGUUUUCACAUCUAAAAUGUUUCAUCCGAAUGUUUAUACUGACGGUAGCAUAUGUUUAGACAUCCUUUCCAAUGCUUGGAGUCCAACAUACGAUGUAUUGGCUAUACUGACUUCUAUCCAGUCUUUGUUGGAUGAACCGAAUCCGAACUCACCAGCUAAUAGCAUGGCAGCUCAGUUGUAUGUGGAGAACAGACGAGAAUAUGAAAAGCGUGUUCGUGCUUGCGUGGAAGAGAGUUGGUACGAAGAGGAUGUUUGAAACGAACAUACUAACUCAUAGUAGUCACAGUAAUUUGUUCUGUACAUAACUAUUUUUUGUACAAUUCUCUAAACUGGCAUUUAGUUGUUGUUUCACGUCGUUCACACAUUUUCAUUUCUUGUGGUUGGAUGCGCCUUCAGAAACUUAUCAUUUUACUUAAGUAUAACCUUUCUGCCUGUGAUUUAAAGACUCAUAGCUGCUUGUUUUAAAAGUCGAGUCAAUAAAAUUUAUUCAACCA